CAGGCCCGGUGGGGGGUGGGGAGGCGGGCCUGGGCUAUGCCACGCCCAUGCGUGAAGGGGUGCGGCUGCGCAGCCACAGUGGGCAUUGACGGCACCCCUCCCGUUUGCUCUGUUCCCGGCUGGGCGGGGAUGCAGACAAACCCGAGGACCGGUCGAUUCCAGGAGGACCGCGGGUGAGGAGGGCUCUAUCUAUGGGUGUGGACGGAUGGAUGGGGACAUGGGAGGGAGCUGUGAAGCUAAAUAAAGAAGGGGUGGGUGGUGGCUGGAAGAUGGAGACAACACAGCGAAUGGACGAACCUUGCUGUCCAAGCCGGUGAGGGCACGCAGGCUGCAGGCUAGAGCUGGAGGGACUGGGACUGGGGCAGAUGCAGCGCUGACCAGCUGACCGCUUUCUCAUCCUCUGGUCCAGACCCCUCUCCUGCGCCAACAAACCUUCGCCUUGUUCCCCACCGUUCACCUGACCCGGGCGGGGUCUCCUUCCUUCGGGCGAGGGUAGACUGAAGGGAAGAGCUUGCUUUGAAAAGAUUGGGGUCUAUUCUGGGUCCUACUUUUGUUCAAGCUCUGCACCCCCUCGAAGAUCAGAGCGCACACCCGCAUUCUCUGAUAUCCCUCCUUUCUCUGUUCCCUGGAGGUUAUGUUCUACUCCACCAGCAAAUACUGCAGAGGAAACUAAUGGGCUGUUCUUGGUGAUUUGAAUCUCAUUUAAAUAUCUCCCAAGGCAGGCAGAUCCUUUCCAGGUCUGCUCUAGUCCUCAGUCACCUCCGGUGCCCUUAGCACGCAAUCGCAGUAUCUGGGUUUCAACCAUACUUGUCUUCUAGGUCUGCACCUGAAUUGCCAGGUAGGUGGUUGUGAGAGACUGGAAGCCAUCCUUCGUCCUCAGCACCAUGCUGUCCCCUCAGCGGGCUUUACUCUGCAACCUCAAUCACAUCCACCUCCAGCAUGUCUCCCUGGGCCUGCACUUGUCCCGCCGUCCUGAACUACGAGAGGGGCCUCUGAGCACACCCCCGCCUCCAGGAGACACAGGGGGCAAGGAAAGCAGGGGGCCCUGCAGCGGGACCCUGGUGGAUGCCAACUCCAACAGUCCAGCUGUGCCCUGCCGAUGCUGCCAGGAGCACAGGCCUAGCAUAGAAAACCAGCAGGACCCUUUCCAGGAAGACGAAGAGGCCGCCUCGCCUUCUGAUCCCGGAUGCUCCUCUUCUCUCAGCUCCUGCUCGGAUCUUAGCCCCGAGUCCCCAGUGCCAGUCUGCUCUCGCGACCUGCCUGGAAAUGAGGCUGCCCACCCCGAGUCCAGCAUCUUUCCCUUGGAGCCGGGCUCUCCUCUGCCUUCAGCGGGCCCUGGCACCUGCUCUCCGGACAGCUUUUGCUGCUCUCCGGAUUCUUGCUCCGGAAUAUCUUCCCCAUCCGGACCUGGCCUGGACUCCAACUGCAACGCCCUGACAACCUGCCAGGACCUACCUUCCCCUGGUCUGGAGGAGGAAGACGACAGUGGGGAACAGGAUCUUGCUACCUCUGAGCUCUCAGAGACCGAAGAUGGAAGAAUUGAAGCAGGAAAAGCAGAGCCCAGUUGGAAAAUUAACCCCAUUUGGAAAAUUGACACAGAGAAAACUGAAGCUGGGUGGAAAGCCAUUGAGAACAGUGACUCUGGUUGGAAAAUCGAUGAAAAUACAAACUCGAGCUUGAAAACGGAAUCUGGGAAAUUGGCUUCUUGUUUGAACACCAAUUCUGGUUCGAAAAUAGAUGCAGGGAAAACUGAUGGGGGAUGGAAAGGUGACGUCAGCCAGGAGCCGGUACCCCAUCGGACAAUCACAUCCUUCCACGAGCUGGCCCAGAAGCGCAAGCGGGGUCCGGGGCUGCCCCUUGUGCCGCAGGCCAAGAAAGAUCGCAGCGACUGGCUCAUAGUCUUCUCGCCUGACACAGAGCUCCCGCCGACUGGGUCCCUGGGAGGUUCUUUGGCACCCCCGCGAGAAGUCACCACCUUUAAGGAACUCCGGUCUCGAAGCCGAGCCCAGCCACCGCCAGUCCCGCCCAGGGACCCUCCUGCUGGGUGGGCUUUGGUCCCGCCUCGGCCGCCUCCCCCUCCCGUCCCUCCGCGGAGGAAGAAGAAUCGACUUGGGCUGCAGCCCAUCGCCGAGGGGCUGCCGGAGGAGGGCAGGGCUGGCAGCCCCGCCGUGGACGAGGAGGCCCCCGCAGCGCAGGAGCCGGAGGAGCCGCGCGCGCACGCCGUGGCCGGUCCCCCGCUAUUCCCUCGGCCCCCGGUUUUCCGGUUCUCGGCCGACGGGCGCCCCCUGUUGGAGGGUGGGGGCGCGGGCGCACCCAGGUCCCUGCUCUUGACGCCUCUAACCGGGUGGCCCAAUUCCCGGUUGCAGCUGCUGGGGGCAGCGAGUACCCCCGAGGAGCAUCUGCUGCCUGUGAGGCUAUCCCCAGUGGGAGCCUAUUCUCCUCCCACGCGGGGGGCCUUGCCUUGCCUGGCCAGCCCCGAGCUGGCCUUGCUGCUAUCCCCGCUCUUCCCCAGAAGUAGCACCUUCCCCACCGCGGCGCCCCCACCCCGCCAGGUUCCCGCUCCCCCGCUGCCAACACCACCGCGUCCUCCGACCGCCCCUCGCUGGACCAGAAGGCCACCGGCUCCGCCCAGGCAAUUACGUAGUUCCUGGUCGUUUGCCGGUGUUCCCGGGGCCCAGCGGCUGUGGAUGGCAGAAGCCCAGAGUGGGACUGGCCAGCUGCAGGAGCAAAAGAAAGGUCUCCUGAUAGCUGUCAGUGCUUCAGUGGACAAAAUCAUCUCGCAUUUUGGGGCUGCACGGAACUUGGUUCAGAAGGCGCAGUUGGGGGAUAGCCGGCUGAGCCCGGAUGUGGGGCAUCUGGUGCUGAGCACCCUCUGCCCGGCCCUCCAUGCUCUGGUGGCCGAUGGACUGAAGCCAUUCCGGAAGGACCUCAUCACCGGGCAGCGCAGGAGCAGCCCUUGGAGUGUGGUGGAGGCGUCUGUGAAGCCAGGUUCCUGCCCACACUCCAUGGGAACGCUGUACAGCCAGGUCAGCAGACUUGCCCCGCUGAGUAGCAGUCGCAGCCGUUUCCACGCUUUCAUCUUGGGCCUCCUCAACACCAAACAGUUGGAACUGUGGUUUUCCAGCCUCCAGGAGGAUGCAGGACUACUGUCUCUCCUCUAUCUACCCACUGGCUUCUUCUCCCUGGCCCGCGGGAGCUGUCCAUCCCUGUCCACGGAGCUGCUGCUUCUGCUGCAGCCGCUCUCGGUGCUCACCUUCCACCUGGACUUGCUUUUCGAGCACCACCACCACCUGCCCCUAGGCCUGCAGCAGGCUCCUGCCCCUUCAGCGCCCCCUCCUGCCCUCCAGCAGACUGUGCAGGCUGUGCUCCAGUGGGGGGGACGUCUGGCUCAGAGUCUCCGAGGGACUUCAGGAGAGGCCACUACUGACUCUUCAGCCCCCUCAACCCGCCCUCCACCAGGCAGCUGGUGGGAUCAGCUGACCCAGGCAUCUCGGGUCUACGCCUCUGGUGGCACUGAGGGCUUCCCUCUUCUCCGGUGGGGACCCAGGUGUCGCGGAACUACAGCUGAGGAUGCACAGGAGGCACCUCCGCCCACGGAACAGACCACACCUGGCAGAAGCAUGUGGUUGGGGCGGCUAUUUGGUGUGCCUGGGGGCCCGUCAGAAACUGAGAAUGGAGCCUUCAAGUCCAGGAGACCAUCCAGCUGGUUACCCCCAACAGUGAGUGUGUUGGCUCUGGUGAAGUGGGGGACAUCUCCUGAGACCCCUCCUGCGGAGCUUAUGAAGGCACCAGCCAGCAGGGCACAGACUGACAGGGCUGUCCGGGCUCUCUGUGACCACACUGCUGCAGGACCUGACCAGCUGAGCUUCCAGCGUGGGGAAGUGCUUCAUGUCAUUGCCACAGUGAAUGAGGACUGGCUUCGCUGUGGGCGUGAUGGUGUGGAGGGGCUGGUUCCUGUGGGGUACACCUCCCUUGUUCUCUAGCUGUGGACUGGAACAGCUCAUGACCGCUGCUCUCGGGAACUGGAGCAUUUCUCCUGCAUACACCCAUGUCUGUUAGAAUAAACUUUCCUCCCUCUCUUAGCACCCACCUGGAAGGGGAAAUCUGCUCUUGCAGACACGUAGAAAGGAUUCCCUCCUCCAUCUACACAAGAGAACCCUUCCUUUCUGCAAAUUAGCCUCUUUCCCUCCUUUCUUCACCCGUGGACUGUGCAGUAUAUAGUACAUGCCUCUGCCCCAAGCCCGCCCACAGGACUGGGGUCUGUCUGUCUGUCCUUGUUGCCUGUAUUUAAGAUGUACUCUGCUGUGCUAAGUGCUAGACGGACGCCUGGACCCCUGGUGGGUGGGCCUCUGUCACUGGUCUGCCUUUCCUUCCUCGUCCCAAUAAAAUGUGGGAGUUGAA